GGCCUCUUCCCCUAGUACACGAAUUGGUGGAGGGAAUAAGUAAUAAACAAACAUUUGACAGUGAAAUGUUCCUUUCCUCGAAUUAAUAAAAAUAUUGUUCCUUUCCUCGAAUUAAUCGUUAGCUUAAAUAAUUGAGCAGGUAUUGUUUUAUUUUAAUAUUUCAAAUCCAAGCUAUCCAUAUCUCAAGGUAAAGAAAAAAGUGAAAAAAGAACUCUGCCGACUUCAUUUCGCCGCCGCCGCCGGAGAGGAAUGACGGCAUAUGGUGCAGUGAUUUCUCUAGGGAAUAAGAUUGAUUAUAUUCUCCAUUCUUCUCAUUUUAGUCUUAUUGAGCCCUCUCCACAUAUUUUACAACUCGCCUACGAGGAGUUGAAUCCAUUGCAAGAAAUUCUUGAAAGAUUAGAUAAAACAAGAACAAGCAAGAGCAGGAAGAAGGUGAAUGCUUUGGAUGGAAUAAUCAAGGAUUUGAUAAGGGAAUUCGAAGACUUAUUAGAAUCCCUUCUCUAUCAACAGAUUCAUUCACGAAUUCGUGCAGACCAAGUGUAUGAAGAAAUGAAAAAGAGAGUACUGCACAACAUCAAUGGAGGUGAGAGAUUCUCCAUUGAUCUGCACUGCCUAGAAGAUGAUGCUCGUUCCUUCAUCGAGAGGGUCAAGAAUAUGGAGAAGGAAUACAUUUAUGAAGUAGACAAUAUGCCUGAAGAUGACGAUGAGGAAGAAUCUAUUUCCUCAACAAUUGGGACCAAGUCGAAGUUGAUUGGAUUGUCGGAUCAGUUCCAACAACUCAAAGGGAGACUUAUUAAAAGUUUUAUCAUGAGGGAUUAUUUAUUUAUACUUGUUGGAACUGCAGGGGUGGGGAAGACUGCUCUUGCUAAGGCAGUUUUUGAAGAUCAUGAUAUCUCGAGGCUUUUUGAACAUCGCGCAUGGGUCAGGGUAGGCAGAAAAUCUCAAUUCGAUGAUGUUUCACGAGGCAUUCUUGCUCAAAUGUUUGGAAUCACACAAGGAGAUCGCGAGUUAGGCGCCUACAUGAAAGAAAGAUUGGUGAGAAAGAAAUGCCUUAUUGUGCUCGAUGAUGUGUGGGAGACACAGAUAUUGGAUUCCUUGUUCAUUUCCUUACUGGACAUUGAUUAUGAAAAUAUUUAUAUCUUGGUUACUACUCGAGACAUAAACUCAGCCUCCCCAAGCUUUCCUAUUAUAUGUAUGUUGGUGCGGUUUUUGAACGAAGAAGAAAGUAAGGAGCUACUAUGUGAGAAGGUGUUUGGUGAAAAGGAUUGCCCUUUUCCACUUGACAAAGCCGCUACCAAAAUAGCCAAGAACUGUGAAGGUCUUCCUCUCACGAUAGUCACAGUGGCUGACAUCAUAUCGAAAGCCCAGAAUACAGACCCAAAAUACUGGGACGAUGUUGCAGAAAUGCGAAAUUCAGUCUUCACUGAUGCAUAUAAUCAAAUUACAAAGGUACUUUUCCCAAGUUACGAUUACUUACCUCAAUAUUUUAAAGUACUUUUUCUGUAUAUGGGAGUGUUCCCUCCAGAUUAUGACAUCCCAAUAUCCAAGUUCAUGAAUAUGUUGGCUACUGAGGGUUGGUAUCAUAACAUAAACAAAGAAGAUUCUUUGAAAGAUUCUGUCCAGCGAUGCUUGAACCAGCUUUGCACGCGUAAGAAUCUUGUUUUAUGCAAUGAAAGGAUCAGUUUUUUGUAUAAAACUUGUCGGCUUCAUUCUUCGUGGAGGCACGUGUGCAGAGGUGAGGCUCGGAAGAACAAGUUUUAUCAUGUCAUAAAAAAGCUUGUUGAAGUCUUAGAAGAUGGUGUAAAAGGUCAGCGUUGCUUGUGUCUUGAAAAUAACCUUUUAUUUAGCAUCAAAGAAUUUUGCAACUCGGUGAGAUUGAACUGCGCAUCCUCUGCACGUUCUCUCCUUUUUUUUGGUCCAUACCACCAAUAUCCAAUCCCAAUAGGUGACGAUUUCAAGUUGCUUGGGAAACUAGAUGCUCUUAAUCUACGUUUGUACACUUUCCCAACAGAAAUUCUGACACUAGUCCUACUAAAGUACCUUGCUCUAACUUGCAACGGAGAACUCCCUACAACCAUAUCCAAACUUUUCAAUCUUCGAGUCUUGAUUAUACAUCCACAUAACAACAUUAGAAUUUGUGGAGCUCCAUCAUAUGUACCAAUAGAAAUAUGGGAAAUGCAAGAGUUGGAGCAUAUUGAGAUAUUGGGGAAGAGCCUUGUAGCUCCAUGUCGUUCCGAUUCUUUAGAAAAACUCUCAACACUUUUAGGUGUGAAUGCCAGCAUUUGUACUACCUUGGAACACUCUUGGAAAUUUCCUUGUAUAAGGAAAUUAGGAGUUCUGAUCGAGCUUACACCUUAUGAUGACCAUAACGACCUCUCGAGUUGUUUUGGUUGUAUUUCAACACUUGAAAGUUUGGAGACAUUGAAAUGUAGUAUCACAAACCCUGUGGCUAAGUACGAUUAUGUGUUUCCUAGUUCGUUGAUAAUCUUUCCACCUGGAUUGAAAAAGUUACAUUUGAGUGGUAUGUGUUUUCCUUGGGAAUACAUGGAUGUAAUUGGCUCUUUGCCAUGUCUUGAAGUGCUCAAAUUGCGAGCCUAUGCCUUUCGGGGUUCAAAGUGGGAAGUGCAAGAGGGAUGUUUUUUGAGACUUGAGUUUCUUCUAAUUGAAGAUAGUGAUUUGGUGCAAUGGAAGCUAAGAGAUGGAAGCUUCCCUGUUCUUGAAUACCUAAGCUUGAAACAUUGCUACAAACUAAAAGAGAUCCACUCGCCGUCUAAAGUUUGGUCCGGAGUGAUUGAAUUAGAGUGCUGCAAUCCUGUAGUUGUGACUUGGGCCAAGCAAUUACGACGGAAUGCAGAGACUUUCAUUGAUGUUACUGCCUCUUCAUCUUUUGACGAGAAACCCAUUACUAUCAAGUUUCGAAGGAAUUGGUAUGAUAGCUGAGGAUAUGUAUAACAGGGUUGGAAAGGUGAGACACCAUGUUUAUAACUUCUGCCAUUUUAUUAUUGGGUUAUCAUUUGAAUUUAAGAAUUGCAACUUACUUUGGAUUUUGUUGUGUAUUAUAAGCUGAGUGGAUUAUGCAUGGAAUGAAAACUGUGAAUUCCAACAGAUUCUUUCACAAGUAGAAGAUGAAGGAAUAAUGAAAGAGAGAGUAUGGGGAUUCUCCAUUGAUCUGCAAUUCUUACAACAUCAUGUUCUUAAUAUUCUUGGAUUGGAGCAGCAUUAACUGCAGCCAUUGUUGAACAAACCAAACAUUGAUCCAUCCUUGUUUAGUAAUACAAUUUCUAUCCAUUCUUGCUCAG